UAGCAACCACAGAACCCUAUAUAAGUUCAUUAUAUUAGAGAUAAGCAAUUAGUUCCACAUAAAACUUCGUUGUUAACACCUGGAAAUAGAAAUUUUCUGUUCGCCAUGAAAUCAUACAUUGGGCUUUGCCUGAUUUUCAGUCUAGUCUUGAGUUAUGUUAAUGCCGAUUGUCCAGAUACUGAGGAUAUUGUGUGGGCUCUCGGUGGCGGCUGCCAAGUGUUUCGCAAUGAAUGUUACUUAAAUCAGGCCAAUAUGGUCCGCAAGCCAGGCUAUACCGUCACCACUAAGGAGGAAUGUCAGAAACAAUGCCCUCAAAUCUGCCCGCUGCUUUAUAGUCCCACAAGUGGCAAUUAUAAGGGAGAGAUUCGUGAAUUUAGCAAUGACUGUCAGAAACGGGCUCACACAUGUCGCACUGGCGAGACUUUUUUGUAAACUCACGCGAGUACCUAAAGAUGGAUAUGAAUGAAUCAAAAUAAAUAUGAAUAAAAAGACUUGAUCUACAUUCUGAGUU